ACUCCCCUGUGCUUAUGCGGAGACAGUGCUGAACAGUGCCCUCUAGACAGAGGGUGUGUCACUACUUCUCCUUGCCAAAUGGCCCCUUGAUUUUCCUGCAUGGUUAUCUGUGCAGUGCCAAGAUAGUGAGGAGCCCUGCUUCACUGUGGGACGUGACUCCUGUAAGACUGGAGCCCAAGGACGACUGUUUACAGGCAGCAACAUUAUGAAAAACAGGCAGACGGACAGACGGCAGGACGGAUACACGGGUGGGGGCUGUGCUAGGCGGCUCGGCGGCAGGCUGGUGGAAGAUGUCGUCAGGAGCCGGUGGGAGGGGCGGAAGGCGGCUCAGGGGGACAGCCAACAGCGGUGGUGGAGGAGGGAGAGGAGGGGCAGGAGAGGCAGAGGAAGGCCCAGUGGGGAUCCCUUUCCCCGAGCACAGCGCAGACAUCCUUGGCAGCCUGAACAAGCAGCGGCUCAGUGGCCUGCUGUGCGACGUGCUCCUGGUUACCCAGGAUCGGGAGUUCCCAGCCCACCGGUCCGUUCUGGCGUCCUGCAGCUCUUACUUCCACAAGCUCUUCACUUCGGGGGCCACCGCUGACCAACAGAACAUCUACAGCAUCGACUUUGUGGCGGCAGAGGCUCUGGGAGCAUUGCUGGACUUUGCUUACACAGCCACACUGACAGUCAGUCACAGCAGUGUGGCUGACAUUCUGGCCGCUGCACGCCUCCUGGAAAUCCCACCUGUCCAGGACGUCUGUACGCACCUGCUGGACACCAAAGUGCUCUCCCCGCCGGCGGGCAGUGAGCGAAGAGAUGAAGAUGAAGAUGAGGAGGGGAAGGGCAAAGGAGGCGGGGAGCAGGGGAACCGGGUGCGGGCCCGGGAGUACCUGGAGUACUUCCAGAGAGGGGCGCACUGGAGCAGCAGCUGCAGCACGCCAGAGCUCAGGGACCUGCCCACACACCUGCACUUUAAUCACGGUAAUGGAGGUGCCUCCAGCAACGGGGCUUCUGCUGGCCCUGGUGAGUACUACUCUCCUCUGGCCCUUGCUUUGGCGCAGGCCCCUGCACGGGAACCAGAGGAAGAGGAUGAGGAUGAAGAGGAAGACGAGGACGGGGAGGCGGUGCAGGGUAACGGAGCAAGCCUGGGAUCGUCUUACUAUCCUCCAUCCCAAAAUGGGCACUUCUACCUCCCCCCUGAGUCUAGGCUGGGGCAGGAGACAGAGGUGGAGGAUGGAGGGAGGGAAGUGAUGGCGAGGGAGAGGGGUUCUGCCAGUGCCCUCCUGCAGCAGAUGAUGGACUCCAUCGAGAGGCAGAAGGAGCGUACAACAGCCGGGGAGGAGCAGGGAGAUGGGGACGACCCAGACAUGGAAUUUUACUUGAAUUAUUUUAACAGCUCACAGCAUGAGGAUACAGCUUCUGCUGCUGUGACACAAGGAGUGCCACCACUCUGGCUAUCACGGGGCAGAACAGGCCAAGAGAGAGUAGGAGGAGGAGGAGGAGAGAGAGGGGUUGGAGAGAGAGGCAGUGGGGGUGGAGGAGGAGGUGGAGGGGAGAGGAAGAUGCGCUCCAAGGCCUUCCAGAAAUGCCCCAUAUGCUCCAAGGUCAUUCAAGGAGCAGGCAAGCUACCCCGCCACAUUCGAACGCACACGGGAGAGAAACCCUAUGAAUGCGCCAUCUGCAAAGUGCGCUUUACCAGGCAAGACAAGCUCAAGGUUCAUAUGCGGAAGCAUACAGGAGAGAAGCCUUAUCUGUGUACGCAAUGUGGAGCCGCCUUUGCUCAUAACUACGACCUGAAGAACCACAUGCGCGUACACACCGGCCUGCGCCCCUAUCAGUGCUCAAGCUGCUUUAAGACUUUCGUGCGCUCGGAUCACCUGCACCGCCACCUCAAGAAGGACGGCUGCAAUGGCAUCCCUUCUCGUCGAGGCCGAAAGCCUCGGGUGCGAGAGCCAGGGAUCCUUGAUGCCCCCCUGGGCCUGCUGAGCCCCAGCUCUGACACAGGUGCUGGUCCUCGUACCAUCAAGGGACGGCGGCGCUCGGAGGCAUCCUCGGUGGCAGAGGUGGAUGGGGCCGCUGUAGCUCAUGCACACAGUCCUCACCUGCAGGACUUGGCAGGGGAGACAGGGCCCUGAGACUGCAGGGGCGACAAGGACACUGCUGGACACAGUCACUCUGUACCGCCUGUGAGACAGGCCAGUGAACAGAGAGGAGAAAAAAACAUGCAAAGGCAAACUUUAAAAAAAUAUAUAAAACAACUAACUAUUCCUCUAUAAACCAAAUCAGGGUGUCACAAAAAUCUAAUCUUUAUAUUUCUUUUUCCUUUUACUCUAGGACAUGGAGUAGACUUGCAAGCACUUGAGUCUGUUUAUCUGUUAAAGAGCAAAGAACGCUUCAAAUCAUGCACCCACUACGUCCACUUUCUGGGCCAUUUCUUUCUUUAUAAUAUUAGGGGUUUUAUACAUUGGCAUAUGUGCGUAGGCAAAUGUAUGAUAAAUACAAAGAGACUCUGAGCAACUAUGCAGUUGAUUUAGAUUUUUAUUGGUUUUGUCCUCACAGCCUUCAAGCUCUAAGCAAGGUGUCUGUCAAGCACCUUCUGGCUGCGGUACGGGUGAAGCGAGGACAAAUCCUCCCAGUGAAAGUCUUUUUCUAUUCUUUUGCAGGUCUGAAAUGUACAGUUACCAUAGAAACAACAUUGCCACAAUAUGGCAUAUGCAAGGAAAAGUCACCACAAUUUUGAUGCAACAGUUUUUUUUUCUCUCUAAAUGUUCCAGAAAGAAUCAGACAAGGGUUUGAUUGAAGUGUUGCUUUCUCUAUAAAAUGUGUUUUAAGAAUCUAUGGUUUGUCAAAAUCAAAUUGAUGUUGAGUCAAAUCCACUUCAUGGGGGCUCGUCAAUUGCAGGACUAGGGAAUACGAGGGGUGCAGGGUUUGUGUUUUUAAAGCACUACCAUUGUCAAUGUAUCUAUUGGCUUGACUAUGUUGCCUCUUAUCCCUCACAACCCUGCAAUUUCCGCAUUUCUGUUUUCCCUUUUAAUUUUGUCUUAAAUUUUUUUUGUUGUUGUUAUUGUUGUUGUUGUUCCUUUUCGUUGACUGCUUCGGGUACUUGACACUUUAUAAUUGUAUACAUGUAUAUACAGCAGGUGGUGACAUGACAUUGGUCCCCUCUGAAUGCUGAGGUGUACUUAUCGGGUUUUUCCUCUUAGGCUUGAUGUCAUACUUCUCAUAGAGUGAAGCUUGUGGGUGAACAAAACAAACUGUAUGAAUGUUUGAUGAAAAAGACAGAAAACAUCAAGUCACCCAUUUGUCCUAAAGUCAACACUUGACAUGUAUAUUUCCUGCCCAAAGGAUGAGGAGUUUGAAUGAAUGAAUGUGCUUAACUUUGUGCAGUUUUUCGGAAUCUGUCCUUGUUUGACAGGGCGCGGGUAGCAUUUAACCAACCGCAGGUUAAAGGAAUGGCAGGGAGCCCGAGUGAGAGAGUGACAAAGAGUACAAAGAAGAGAUAGAUGAGCACCUUUUUUAUAUGUUUGCACAGCUUUACUAAAGAUAUCCAACAGAGCAAGAGAGAGGUAUAUUUAAAGGAAGUGGGCUGGUGUUGGGGAGGGAGUGAGGGGAGGUUUAUGUAUCAUGCUUAUUCCAAUCUUUUCGCCCUGGGGACCACACAACCGUGAGGCAACCUGUAUGAUGAGGAGAGCAAUAAAUACCUGUCCAAGUUGGGAGGCCAAAUAGAAGUGCAGCUGCAGCUGGUUGAUGGGGGAGGGGAACAAGGGAAGGGGAGGGGGAUCUCACAAUGUCUGUUGCAUUCCAAAAAAUAAUCUCCCCCAGCUCAGCCACGUUUCCAGGCAGGAGGGGAUCAAAUCAGGCCUUUUCUCUCCCUCUCUCUCCCUCCGUAGUCCUCUAAUGCCCCCGAACCAGCCUGGAGGGGAUAUUAUUAUAUUAGAGCCUGGUGUUACUGUGGGUAGGACGCCUGGUGCUGGCAGUUUAGUGCGUGAGUGUGUUUACAUGUACGUGUGUUUGUGUACAUGUGUGUGCGUGGCAGCCGGGGUCGCUCUGGCCACAUCAUCACUGUGUGAGUCAGCCACAGCUUGUUCAAACAUGCACCCUGAGCUGCAAGCCCCAAUGCACUUUCUCUGUCUCUUCCUCUCUCCCCCUCUCUCUUUCUCUCUGUCUCUCUCUCUCUCUCUCACACACACACACACGCACACACACUCAAACACUCACUCGGUCCAGGUAUCCUGUAGAGAAGAGGAAAACACCAGAGCUGACAUAUCUGUUUGAAUAUUGUCAGUGACUCUACACAUCUGGAUUUGUUAGUCUUAAAAUAUCCAAAUUGUGUUAUUGUGCUCCAAAUCCAAUGUUACUUACCAAACUGGCGCAUUGACCCUCAGAGCAGAACAUGCAUGUGAUUUAGAGCCCCCACCAUCACCACCCCUUAAUUCCUGCAGUAGUGCUGUCAACUAUCAGUCUUUUGCACCUUAAUUGGAAAGAGGCAGUUUAUGAAUGCACUUUGUUACUGAGGAGGGCACUUUUGUCAACGAAACGGGUACUUUGAAACAAACCAGUUGCAAAUGAGAUCAUUCCUUUUGUCUGUCCAUGAUAGUGAAGUUGAGCUCCUUCACUGGUUUUGUUCAGGUUUUGAUGACAAGCUGCCAAAAUAAAAAAAUAAAUAAUCCAGACAUAGUUCACAGUUCAGUCCUCUAAAAGAGAAGGUGGGUGGGUUCAGAUAUAAACAUGUUGGGUUUUGUGAACUUAAAGACUAAAUUAAUCCAUGUAACUGAUUGCACUUGAAUUUUGCUGUUAAAAGAAAUCUAGUGAGUUGUCUUUAUGUCUUAAUGUAAAGGGCAGGGGUAGAAGGAGGGGGCAGAAAAAGAAGAAAGGGCACUGAGUGUGUGUGUGUGUUUGUGUGUAUGUGUGUAUACGUGCGUAUUUUUUCGUACAUGUGCACAGGCAUGUUUUGCUGGCUGGCAGGCUGGAGGGUCUCAGGACAAGCUUGGAUAAACAAACUUCGUGUCUAUCCCAUCUGUUCACCAGCUACUCUCAUAACUACACGUGUUCUCUGAGGAACCGCAGUGAUAAUAGGUUCACUGUACCACAGAAGCAAAAAUACCAUAUUGUAAAGCAACUCAUUGGAUAGUUGCCUGUUCACUUCACGGCUCUCUUGGUGCAUAUUUGCAUAACUCUUUGUUUACUCUUGUUGGUCAUUGUCAGGGGUUGGCUAGGUUCUUGAGAGUUUUACUUUCUAUUUCUGCUUCUCUGUUAGGAUAAAGGUGGGAUUUAUUAAUGCACAGGAUAGCUGGAUAUGUCUACCCGGUUUGUGAUUUCUGUAGUGGUACUCGAUAUGGACUGCUUAAACCCAUUUUGAGCCAUCUUAAACCAUCUUAUGUUCCUUUGGACCUUAAUAUUUUCCCAAAAGUCUUAUUUGUUUGUUGAUUGACCAAAGCUUUUGGUGCCCAAUCUUAGUUUACUUUAGACUAGAGAUAUUGAAAGUAUAUGUAUGUAAUUUAUCCAAACUGGGCCUCCCUUACUAAGCCACACACAGCUGCCCUCCUCUUGAAUGCAUAUGCAGAAAAGUGUGUGAAAUCAUGCAGAUAUUUACUUGAGUUCACUUCCUCUCGCUCGUUGUAUCCUUGUGGACAAUAGAAUCAGAGGUCUAAGGAUGUGUUGUGUUUUCUGUCUGUCUACACUUGUUUUUCUUAAAAUAACAUGUGCUACAUUAUUACAUGGCUGUGCGUGUGUGCGUGCGUGUGUGGGUUGGGUUCAUGGUUUUGGGAUGCUGUGCCAGGAGGGUGGGGUAAAUGGAUGCUUGGGUGGGGUUAAGGAUAUAAAGCCUGAUAGCACUGGAAAUGGUGCUUUAGCUGAGAGAGCAAAAGUUUGCACUAAUGUUAAAUGUCCUUGUCCUGCUUAUGGGAGAAGGGCAGGAGACCUCAGAACGGCCUGCGAGUUUCCAUGAGCACAGAGCAGUGUGGUUAAUACUCAAUGGUCUCAUAAAGAGUCCAUCCAACCCCUCCAUAGAAAUAAUCACGUCAAGUAUAUUAAGAAAUAUACAGACGUCCAACAACAACAAAUACCAAAGGAGAAAAAAAUGGCUUGUAUUUAAGUCAUUGGACAUUUUAAGCUACCAAUCUAAUGUUGGAUUAAUAGAGGUUUGUUAUUAAAUCUGAAGGCUCUUGAAAAAAAUAUUCCGCAUGUACAGUAACUUAAGAUGGAAACUACAAGUGGUGUGAAAACAGCAACUCAUGUUUGGUCUUUAUAUUAGGAAAUAGUCCAAAUAAACAACAUUUAGGCACUUAGAAAAUAGCAAAAUCUCCAAAAACAUUCAAAACAUUUGAGUUUGUGAUGAUCUGAUGGCUGAGAUGGACUGUGUGCAUGUGCCAGAGAUACUGAACCCAAUUGUUUUUAAAUUUCCGAUAUGAGAUUUUAUCAACAUUUGCUCAGUCAACUGAAUAAUGAUGUGAAAUGAUAAUGUAUUUUGAUUAUUUCUGAAAUGGAUGACCUCAGUUUACUUUCUGAAAACGCUGAAUUGAAAUAUUCUCAAAUUGAAACAGACUGGGAGAGACUGUGGCCUUGUCUGAGCAGCACUAAGUGUUUUGGUUUUUUUUUUCUUUCUUUCUUCCAAUGUUUCCAGACAGUCGCAUUGUGCGGUGUGGGGCUGAGGCUCACUCCCACCAGGUGGACAUUGCAAACAUCACAGGCCGCAAUGUGCCUUACGUGGACAAGGAGUGACAAAACUCAUAAACCCUCAUAAAACAUAAACACUUUUAUUCCCAUAUUUUCAAUUCAAGUUGAGAAAUCUGGUUGGCUCGGUACUGAAAUUGAUCAUUUAGUUGUUCCAGCUCUUACUGAAUGAACUACCAUACUUUGGAGCUGUCACAGCCUUUGUGGAUCCACAACUGGUGUGACCUCAACCUUAGCCCCAGACCAAGGGUACUUUGACCCAGGCUACCCUGAGACAGUCUCAGAACACUUGUAAGUGUUUUGGGGCUUUUUUUUUCCGAAUUGACCUUGAGAUGUUUUUUUUCCUUUGCUGUUAUCAAAUAUUUUUGGUGAAUCUAUCUGAGAAGGCCAUAAAACACAGAUGAUGAACAACUAUGACAACAAUUAUAACUGUAAAUAAUCAAACGAAGCAGGACGGGUGACUGUUAAUAUUGAGAUUCAAAGGGGGAUUAUUUGCUUUUCUUCGUCAUUUCCCUGCACACCUGAUUUUUUUUGUGUGUGUUUUCCAUCAGGCUCUUGAUGCACAGCAAGCUGAGCGCAGCAUAUGCAGUAUGGCACUAUGCGCAGCGUGGCUCUGGCACUUACACAGACAGCCCUGGGUCCUUCAGAGAGGCAGGCUGCUGUCUGUUGGCUGCUCUCAACCAAGUGGGGACAGUUUGCACUUGGAGUCUUUCUCAGUCUCUGGGGAUACAAAGGUUGGCAUACAGGGAGGAGGAUUAAAUACAGGUGGUAGGGGGAGGCUGGAUGUUGUUUUCACGGAUGCAGUUAGAAAGCCCAGGUGACAGACUUAUUACUGAGCACUGGUUCAGUGUUGGUUCUCUAAGCUGGUAGGAAUUGCAUGGUCACAGUAUGAUAAGAAUUGUAAUACAAAGGAGGUCACCACAGAUUUCACUUUGGAGAACUGCAACAAGGAGAAUGUUGCUGAUCUCCGUUGUCUCUAUGUAAGUACUACUCAGGUGGAAAAUACACUGCUAUGCAUUGGGUUUCAGUGUCUGCUAAGUUCAUGGUAUGUCUAAUCACCCUCCAAGUCUCUUCUCUGUCUUUGCCUUUCUUGUUCAUACCAAUAUUUGACAUGAUAUUUCCCAGAAAGAUAGAAGCAGAACAAUUCCCUCAUUGUAUAGUGGCUGUGACCUGCCUACUUCUCCAUUUAAUAUUGAUCCAGUCAAUUGUUUGUUAGGGGGAAGGAAGCCGCUGGAGAUUCAGUCUUAUUAGUCAGACUGUAACAUUUUUGAAAGGAGAUAGGCUUGGAAAAGCAUAGGGGAGGGUGCAUGUUCUCCUGCUUUCUUCUCCCAUCGCUCUCCCUCUCUCCGGACUCAGAGUCUACAUCUUUGUUGCUGACUGGCCUUUGAUCAAAGAUCACACAACCUCAGCAGGGGAAUCGACAGGAGAGAAAGGAGGGAGAGGGGAUUGGAUGAGAUAUGGAGGAAGAGACAGUUUCAGUUUUCAGUCACCUAAACCAAUUUAGGAUACAUUCCAUAACUUCAUACUGUGAUUCCCACUUUGGAGUUUUUGGCAGGUGUAAAGGAUGUGAGUUGGAGACGACAGGAGGAAAUGGUCAAUGUUUUGCAGUUGGCUGUUUCAGUCAGUCUGUCUAGCCUCACUAUUCUUCUACUGUGUGACAGACAGACGUGUAGACGGACAGUUCAAAAGGCCCCUGGCGUACCGCUAUCCAACUGCCUUUUUUCAGCUUCUGCGAUUGUAACAAAAGCACUUUGCGAAAGGCCAUCCUGAUUUUUGUGUGCUUUUAUUUUAUGGUUAUCACUAUUGUUAAUAUUUUGUUGUUCCUGUUGAUGUUUUUUUUUUUUUCUCGGUGCAGAUGAUUAUUUAAAUGCAACAAAACAAUAUGAUGAAAAUGGAAAAAAAAAAAAGAAAAAACUUGAAUAUUAAAUAUCUGGAUUGAAGGUGUCUAGAGCUGCCACCUCAUCUGGACAUAAACAAACACAUCUCUCUUAUACUACCACCACACCUGUUAUAUGCAGCUUAUUGCAUAGUCACACAAAGGUGGGGUUACAGGACAGAUCUCCUCCUACCCGCUCUCUGCUUACCGUCUCAGAUCUUGUUGGGAGAAAGGUCAUUUGAUCUCAUUUUGGGAGACUCCUUUUCUUGAAAAAGAAACCUGUAUAACAGUUGCAAAGCUUUCUGAGAAGGCUAGCUGUGCUGAAUGUUAAACAUGCAGUGUUGUAUCCACUGCAGAAUCUCUUUGUCUGCAAUAACGCCCUGUCUGUGCAGUUAAAGGCUGGAUCUGGUAUCCAUACAGAGCUCAAAUGAUUAUGAAAGACAGAUGAAAUGGCCAAAUGACCAUCAUGCACUUUUGCAAAUCAUUAAAGAAAAUUUCAUUGGCCUUAACAUCUAUGUCAAAUUUAGAUUACUGCAGUAGAGUGGAAAGAAUAAUAUUGAUCAUAAUAAACAUUCAAUAAAUCCACGAUUCAACGAAUGGUUUUAACUUGGGAGAGAAAGAAAUAUGCUACUAUUUAUAACAGAUUUGUAUCUGAUCUGAUUUGUAACUGUGAUUGUUAUGAUCCUUUGCAGAUUUUUGUUUUCCAAUGUUCAUUUAAAAUGGCAGAAUUUGUCCCAACUUUCAAAAAUGGACAUUAACUGUAAAUCCACACCGAGUCACAUUAGGCAGAAAACGGUUACUCCACUUCUCUCUGUGUGUUAAAACUUUCAUCCUUGUUGUACAUGUGACCACACACUGCUCUGUUUAUCACAACAAGUGUAUCCCAAAGGCAGAGUACCUGCUGUGGCAUCACUAAUUGACAGGAGUGUGGUCCGAAAGUGCAGCGUCAUCCAGCGUGUUAACCACAGGACUGCAGCAGCCCUUUUCUUUUUCUACAUGAUUCGGUGUGGAUUUACUCUUUAAAUAAGCCCUUUCUCUUCACAGAGGAUUUCUUCUUGGCGUAGCGGUCUGUCAGUUCAUAUUCAUUGGAAGCUGCGGGGGGGAGGGGGGGGUAUUGGUGAUUUUUGGAGAAUUUGCACUUUUUGGCGAUGAUAAGAAAUUGUGUUGUAUAUGAGACCACUAAAUCCACACAGUCUAAACCGUAUAAUUCCAUUUUGUGUCUUUUUUUUUUGUUUUGUUUUUUUUUUUGUUCUGUUCUUUUUUUAAUAUAUCCAUAAAUGUCUGGCAUCUGGUUGUCUGGUUUAAAGAAUAUAAAAUCUUUCUAUUAAAAACAAUGGUUGCAAAGU